AUGGCGGAUGAGCUGUCUAAAGAGCAGGUGGCUGAGUUCAAGGCGGCCUUCGCCAGGUUCGACAAGGACGGAGAUGGCACCAUCAAUGUGCAGGAGCUGGGCGCUGUCAUGAAGGCCCUGGGCCAGAACCCUUCCGAGGCCGAGCUGAAGGAGCUCAUCUCCCGGGUGGACAAGGAUGGCGACGGUGCCAUCAGCUUCGAAGAGUUCCUGGCAGAGAUGGUGAAGAGAAUGAAGUCCUGGGGCGGCGAGCAGGACAUGCAGGAGGUCUUCCGAGCCUUUGACCUGGACGGUGACGGCCACAUCACCUUGGAUGAGCUCAAGCAGGCCAUGGCCCAGGUGGGGCAGAAGCUCUCCCAGGAGGAGCUGGAGGCCAUGAUCCGGGAGGCAGACGUGGACCAGGAUGGACGGGUGAACUAUGAGGAGUUCUCGCGCAUUCUCGGACAGAAGUGA